AUGGCCCUGUUUGCCCAGCUGGCCGUCUACCCUCCCUUGGCACAAGUAACCGUGGUGUCUCCGACCCGGGGAAAAUUCAAUUUUACCGUCGUCCUUGAGUCCUCGACAUCUCUACCCCAGAGGCCGUGGGAAGUAUCGAUAUGGUAUGACUUCGGCGCUUAUUCCGGCGUCAAAGCGCCCUGGCGAGCCCUGGAACUCGAAUUGGUCGACCACACACCCGCCGUGCUUCAUGACGACACUUCAAGUUCCAAUUAUCGAUAUACUUUUUCCGGCGACCUCGACAGUCCUUAUGUCUCACCGGACAAGACCUACAAAGGCCGGAGGGUUCCGUUCACCAUUCGAUAUCGGAUCGAUCCGGACAGUGACUGGUCCUGGGUCUACCACAACUUUGGCAUCAAAGACGGAGAACUCAUUCUACAACCUCCCAUCGAUCCGAACUUUCUCGGGGCCUACCCAGUUGAGAUUGGUGGAGGCUGGGUCAUAAGAAAGACUCCCAGCGAGACCCCGGACGCCCGACUGUACACAAUCGAAUCCUCUCAUCCAAUUCCCACCCCCAGAGAAGGAAAUGCUAAAACAGAAUCACUUGUUCUCGGUCGGGUGACCCAAGUUAGCAGAUGGUUUGGUCUUGUGCGGAUAUGGGAACCGUGGUUGGCCCCACGACAUGGAGAUACCCUAUUUCGCCUGAGUGAACCGGCAAUUCUGCUCUCGUUCCUGCGGUCAGAUGGUUUACACGUGGUGCUGUUGGCCAUCAACGGCGUCGAUGAGGUACUCACUCAGUUCGGAUCCUCCCCGAGUGGGGAGAUUGUGGUGGAGGCGAGGAACGACUCUGGCAAGGACCGAAAAUUCAAGGUUCUGGCGGCUUCGGCAUGGAAGUUUGAGCUUGCAAAUUCCGCCGUCAUGUACGAGGCGCGCAAACUGGUCCGGCAAUCGAUGGCCUAUAGUCGGCUAGUAGAACAACUCGAUCAACUGCCAGGAAAUAUUCGAGCGGAAUCAGUCGACUCGGAUACGGUACUCGUCAACAGCAACAAGAACACGACGGAUGAUCCUCCCGCGACGCCACAAUGGUUGGAGUCAUGGUACGACAGCCUGGCCUAUUGCACCUGGAACUCCCUCGGCCAAGACCUCAACGCAGAGAAGAUCAUGGCAGGCUUGGAUUCUCUCGCUCAAAACAAGAUCCACAUAUCAACCCUCAUCAUCGAUGAUAACUGGCAAUCGCUGGAUGGUACGCAAGGGGAGACGCACCAGUUCAACCGGGGGUGGAAAAGUUUCGAAGCAAACCCCCUCGGUUUCCCCGAGGGUUUGAGGGCAGCGGUAUCCAAGAUCCGUGACACACAUCCUGCCAUCCGCGAUGUGGCAGUGUGGCACGCACUCCUGGGGUACUGGGGCUGCAUAUCACCCGAGGGCGAGAUCGCGCAAAAUUACAAGACCGUCGAAGUCAACUUUCGUCAAGGCACGCCCAUGGCUGGCCGGAAACUCGUGGUCCACCCGGACGACAUCCAUAGAAUGUACGACGACUUUUACCGGUUUCUGGCCAACGCCGGCGUGACUGGAGUAAAGACCGAUGUCCAGUUCUCCUUGGACCUCCUGGCGGACACUGCCGACCGUCAGUCUUUCACCAACACGUACCAAUCGGCGUGGACGCAAGCCCAUCUGCGUCACUUGGCAGGCAAAGCCAUCUCUUGCAUGUCCAUGAUUCCUCAGAUCCUCUACCACAGCUUUCUACCUACGACCACGCCGCGGAUUAUGCUUCGGAACAGCGACGACUUCUUCCCCGACGUCCCCACCUCUCACGCCUGGCAUGUCUUUGUCAACGCGCACAACGCACUCUUCGUCCAACACCUGAAUGUCCUGCCUGACUGGGACAUGUUCCAAUCGAGCCACCCGUACAGCGGGUUCCAUGCCGCCGCCCGCUGUCUUUCCGGCGGACCCAUUUACAUUACGGACACCCCGGGAGAGCACGACGUGAACCUGAUCCACCAGAUGACGGCCCUCAACCCGAGAGGCCAGACUGUGAUCCUCCGGCCCAGCACGGUCGGCAAGACCAUGGGAGUCUACGACAAGUACGACGAACGGGGCGUGCUGAAGAUCGGAGCCUACGACGGCAGAUCGGCCGUCGGGACCGGUCUGUUGGGUGUGUUCAACAUCGCCGAAUCGACCCUCAGCUUUAUCCUUCCCAUCACCAAAUUCCCCGGAGUCAACGCCCCGGACUCGGGGGGAGUUUCGGAGCAGAAGUGGGUGGUGCGUUCCCACGUUUCUCGCCGCAUCACCGCUCCGAUCCAUCCGUCGGACCCGAUCAGACCGGACGGUCUUCUGCAGUGCACAUUGCCCAUACGCGGGUACGACGUGUGGAGUGCUCUUCCCGUGCACUCCUUCACCUUGCCGUCGGGUUCCAAGCUCGACGUCGCACUUUUGGGACUGCUCGGCAAGUUUACCGGCGCAUGCGCCAUCAUCGAAUCCAGGUUCAGUUUGCCCGCCGAGGACGAGUCCGACGCGGACGUCCACCACCGGUCAGGGUCAACACGGUUGAAGAUCCACGUCCAAAUAAAGGCUCUCGGGGUGCUUGGAAUCUGGCUGUCCGAUGUUCAGUCCGCCUCGCGCAAGGUCGAGGACAUGAUGGUCAUGAUCCAAGGCAAGCCCAUCCCCGAAGAUGCCGUCAGUGUCGACACGAAGAAUGUACCGAACGGAAGCGGAGUUCUCGAGAUCGACGUCGACAAGGCAUGGAACGAGAUGGACCUCAAUUCGGGCUGGAGUAACGAAGUGGGCGUAGAUGUGUUUCUGAAGUGA